AUGAGAUGUUCUCCAAUCUAUGUAUUUUUCCUGAGAGCACUCAUCAUUUUUCGAGCCGACAAACCGAAUUACGUCUAUUUCACACAAGAGGAACAAUACGUCGCAUGCAAACUCUGGACUGGAAAAGUGUAUACAGGAAAAGUCACCUACUUCUUCCCGUUUACUGUGAUCCGUCUUCAAGAUGUGGAAGAAGUUGUCACCGAGAAUCUCGGAAGAAACUUCGACACUAAAAAAUGGCUACCAACAUCUAAGAACUCUCCGCAAAAGCGGGAAGCUUGUCGAUCGAUUGGAGAACGUUUCAGCACUGGAACGAAUCGCUUCGCGAGAAAAAUUUGCGAUCUUCGACGCCCGAAUCGAUCGCUAAUACAACGUACUAGCGGAUUUAUGUACGAAAUUCCCGAAUUUUCGCUUUUCAGAACUCCGAGUCCACGUGCUUCUCCAGUGCCGACGACUCCAUAUCGGGCACCGACAUCUUUCGGGAAUAUUCUGAAGCUGAAUAUCGGCGGAAUGGUGUUUCAAACUACAAAAGCCACGUUUGCCAAGUACGAUGGAAUGCUGAAAACCAUGUUGGAGACCAAUGCACCGAUCGAAAAAGACGAGUUAGGUGCAAUUUUCAUCGACCGAGAUCCCUAUUAUUUCCGAUAUAUUCUGAGUUCCAUGCGAGAUGGUUUCGUGGAGUUCCCAAAUUCUUCAAAAGAGGUAAAAGAGAUUCAAACCGAAUCUCAACACUAUCAACUGGAUGGACUGGUUGCUUUGUGCAUGAUGCGAAUCGAUAAAAUGGAGGAAACUGCGAAGGAUGAGGAGAACAAGAGGGAAAAUCAGGAGAAACAAAAAGCAGCAUCUGCAAAAAAAGUUUUAUCUUCAAUCUUCUUUAAAAUUCCGAGAAAUUCAAAAUUUCAGAACCCAUCACCAACGAUAAGGCUGUUGUCACUGAGUUCGGAAGUCCAUUCUUUUGUUGGACUCUGCAUGAAUGAGGGGCAUACCUUCAUCCCAGUCCAAAAUAUGAACCCAAUGGAUAUCGGAAGACCAGUUUCAUGA